AUGCUAAAGCGACCGGAUGAAUACGACGAUCAGCCAUUUAAGCGGUUAUGGUCAAGGACAGAAACUCGGAUUUGGACCGUGACACUAUUCACUGGUACAAGUGCGCUUUAUGCUUCUCGUGUAGCUCUGCCAAUAUGUGCAGCAGCUGUAGCUAAGGAAUUUGGUUGGAACAAAGCUGAUUCGGGUACAGUAUUGUCAUGCUUCUUUUGGGGUUAUGCCAUCACACAGCUCAUAGCAGGAGGAGCUGCUGAUGCUCUCGGCGGAGAAAAUAUUCUGCCAAUCUCUAGUCUUGUCUGGAUAGUGUUGACAUUUUUUACUCCACAACUUUUUGAUUUUGCUUACUGGUGUGGAUUUCCUCUCAUUGUGCUACUUCUGACAAGGAUAUUCACCGGAAUAGGGCAAGCAUUUCAUAUUCCUGCUAUGGCAUCAAUGGUUAGUCGGCAUUUGACAGCUGCAGACAAAGGAAGAGUUUUUGGCGUUAUCCUUGCUGGUUCUCAUUGCGGAACUGUUUUGGCUGGAUCUCUUGGCUCUUUGAUCGCUGAGAAGUAUGGAUGGAGGGCUCUGUUCCAAUUUGUAGGUGUUGUGUCUCUUGUAUGGUAUUGGUGCCUUCAUUUUGUGCUAUCACGCGCAAGUUAUCGACAACAAUUGACAUCAGCAGAUACGGAGUCCGAUCUAAUCAUGAAGGAUCAUCUGCAACAGAAUGGUCACGUAUCUCGAUCUGGCUUAUCCAUAGUGUCAUCAGCUGUGCCGUGGAAGGCUUUGUUCCGACAUCCUGCAUUUUGGGCAGCCGCGGUUGCGCAGUAUGCAGGUGGCAACGCGUACUUUACAAUGUUCAACUGGCUACCAAGCUACUUCCAUGAGACAUUUCCCAAUGCGCAGGCUACCGUGUACAAUGUUGUUCCGAAUGUUGCAAUAGUUUUCACGGCUUUGUCAGCUCCAUUUAUGGCAGCGCGAUUGCUGAAUUCUGGCAAAUCGAUGACACUAACGAGAAAAAUAAUGGAGGGCGUUUCGUUGACGGGCGUGGCUUUUUGUUUAUUCAUCGUUCCAAUCACGUCAUCAUUUGUACCGGCUCUGCUCAUAUUUUCGAUGGCUAUGGCAAGCAGAGGGCUACAUCAUGGAGGUGUUUCGGUAAACCCCCACGAUCUGGCGCCACAUCAUACUGGAGCUGUCUUUGGCAUCUUCAAUGCAUGCAGUGCAAUUACGGGCUUUAUUGGUGUUUACGUAGCUGGACACAUCCUGGACGCAACAAAUAAUAAUUGGUCAUAUGUGUUCAUAAUCACCGGUGUGCAAUGCAUUAUUGGAGCAGUUGUUUACGGGCGGUACGGUACGGGAACGAAAAUUAUCUAGGAUUUGUGAACUAAUAUAAUUUAUGGAUAUGAAAAUUGUCAUAGUAACUUGAAUUAGGAUUCUUCAAUCAUUAUUCACAUUAGAUGACCAUUGCUCUGGAGUACUGUUAUUGUUUUCUCGCUUGUCAAUCCAGUUUACUGUUCUCGUGAUGAGCUUAAUGUCUUUCCGAUCGCGUU